UCGAUGUAGAUCAGCUGGGACAAUAACAACAAUAACAGCCGAUAACGGGGUCGGGACUGCGCUUUUGUACAUGGACGGGGUCCGGCGUGAGCUACCGAAGGACCAGCAGUGGCUGUUUGAAAGGAUGCUCCCGUAGCUAUUUGCUUUAUUUGCUUUUAUUUCCAGUUUUUGUCGGACGGCUUCCUGCGUGCCCCAACAAAACGAGGGGGCUGAAGAACUGCGGCUAAUAACUUAGCUAACAUGCUAAUCUGCGCCGUAUGUUCACAAUCAACAAUAUCGCUGUGAACAAAACGGGGUCAGUUGUCGAUUCUGUACGUACGAACUCCGAUAUGCUUUGGAGUUAUGUUGCUUCGGUUUGCAUUGUAGACAUUUUAUUUAGUUAGCUUACUCCUGGAAAGAUGCUAUAAAGUUUUAAUAGCUAUUCAAGUCAGCACAGUUUCAAGUGUAAAGGCAAAUAUUACAAUUUUAAGGUCGUUCUUAGCGACUUCAGCUGGUUGUUUAUUAACUUGUUUGACUCUUUUGUUAGUUGACAGGACCUAUGCUAGCUGUUAGCAGGGCUGGUUGUGUUGAGGACAGUGUGGCCAGGCCUCGGGCUCUACUGUACUGACAGAACAGAUGAAAACAAAAGAUUAGCCUCUUCUGUCGCUAGCUUGCUAACCUAUAGCCUUUAUUACUGCCUCUCUCAGUUUGUGGCUCUUUUAUAACGUAUCAGCGGCUGUGCCUCAGGGGGCACAGGUAGUAUGCAUUUAGCAACAUUAUUUUAUUUGCCAAAUUUCCUGUUUGGCAGAACAUCCUGUCUUGCCCUUUCACCGUCAGUCUAAAUGUGCCAGAGCACGUAGAUUGCAGUAAGGUAUUCUUAUUAACAUUCACUGUUUGUAACAAUCUGUUUGAGGUUGCGUGUUCAUUUCCAGUAAUAUAAUCAAUAGAGAAAGAGAAACUUUUAGAGAAAUGCCCAGGCUGCCUGCAUGUAAACAAACUUUCAGAAGGAUUCACCAUUGUUCCUUAAAUUCACUGACAGCAGUAAGUGUUGACAGGAAACACACCUCAGCUUUGUAACCCUCCAACCCCCCCCCCUCAAAAAAGUCCUGUCAAGGUGGGCUCUUGUGACAUACUGCAAUGUCAGAGACUCUGAUCACAGGGCAGACAUCGGAGGAUUUGUUAGCAGACUUUGAGACUUUGCUGAACUCUGGGAGUAUAGACCUGGUGGGAGGCGAGGACCACCAGAUUGUGAUCAUCACCAGCCCCAGCAAUGAGGGGCUCCACCCGACAGCUGCCCCCACCAGCACAGGGGAGAUCUUGCUGUUUGCCACACCACAGGGCCCUGCUGAUGUGGGGGUCCAGGAUAAGAGAAGGCCGGCUUUGGGAAGACCCCCGGUUAAGAGAAAGUUGGAUCUGGACAGUGAUCAUCAGUAUCUCAGCACCAGUCGACCGUCCAUAGGCCAGGCCCCCCCCUCCACCCCCGCCCCUCCCAGAGUUCCUCGAGCCACAACAGAAAAGUCCCGAUAUGACACAUCUCUGAACCUGACAACAAAGCGCUUCUUGAACCUGUUGUCCCAGUCGGCCGAUGGCGUGGUGGAUCUGAACUGGGCGUCGCAGGUCUUGGACGUCCAGAAGAGACGCAUUUACGACAUCACCAACGUCUUGGAGGGGAUUCAACUCAUCUCCAAGAAAUCCAAGAACAACAUCCAGUGGCUUGGGAAUCGCAUCGACGGGGCAUUGGUGGCUCGCCAUAAGGAGCUGCAGAGGGAGGUGUGUGACCUGACAGAGGCCGAGGAGCAGCUCGACCAACUCGUCUCCAAAUGUAACCUGCAACUCCGGCUGCUCACUGAGGACCCGCAGAACAAAAAGCUGGGAUAUGUGCGCUGCCAGGACUUGAGGAGGUCAUUCGACUCCCCAGAUCAGCUGGUCAUGGUGAUCCGAGCGCCGCCAGAGACCCAGAUGCAAGUUUCUGAACCUAGCGAGGGUUACCAGGUGUCACUCAAAAGCACAAGGGGUCCCAUCGACGUCUUCCUCUGCCCCGAGGACAACUCCGGUGUCUGCAGUCCCGUGACAGGAAGCAGUCCCUCAAAACCCCCCGCUGACCCAUCCUUGGCGCCUCCCUCUGCACAGCCCACUGACGAAUCACAAUCCAGAACCUCUGUAGCAGCAACAACGGCAUCAACGCCGGUCCUGCCGGUGGAACCAGGUUUAUCCUCCCCAGCAUCAACGUCAUCCACAGUGACCGCAGCCUCCCAGCAUGACCCCCCCUCGCUGGGGCUGGGAGGAGACACGGAGUCUCUGCUGGGGGCCGACCCCUUCCCCAGCCUCGCCGACUUGCCCGAUUUCGACCUGUCGCCCCUCUCCACCUCGGACUUCCUGAAUGGGGAGGGCUUCCCCCUCCCGUUGGACGGUUUCAUCAACCUGUCCCCCCCCCACAGUCAUGACUACCACUUUGGACUGGAGGACCACGAAGGCAUCAGUGAACUGUUUGAUUGCGAGUUCGGCGACCUGUCGCAGGUACUGGGCGACACUUAAGACGACGAGGAGCUCAGGACGUUUAAUCUGGGGCUGGAAUUCAACAUUGAACAGAUGAGGCAUGAUGUCAUCUUUUUAAUUGUGGGGGGCUGUGGAAAAACGUUUGUGUAAUAAGUGAUAAUUUAAUCCCACCCCAACUACAAAUGCUGAGAAUCCCUGAAAUUGUACAGCACAUUAUUAGCACUUCUCUGGCCAUUUAAACCUUUUAGACAAAGACCUUAGCUUUAGCAUAGCUAUUUAAAUUAUUUAUAUGAAUGUAACGUUGAUAUUUUCUACCAAGUGAGGUUCUUGUGUUUGUCGAUAAAGUUUUCUCCUUGUGGGUUGUGCAGGUGUUUGUUAAUGGACAUUUAGGGCUGGUUUCCUUAUCACUGAUGUGUUUACUUGUCUGGUUUUAUAGAUUGUGUAUGUUCGCAGAUGAAGUUUCAGGCUGAAGCUGCUUUCGUGACAUCAGUAUCAGGGCCAGGAGAGAUUCAGGGCCGACCUUUCCAAAAGUAUCUUGGGAGUAUGACAGAGUUUAACACUAUCAA